AUGAGCAAUCGCGACGAGGAUGAGCUCAGCGACGCCGCGUAUGUGAGCGCCCGCAGCGACGAUUCGUCCGAGGCCGACGACGACGGCGCUAGCAGCAUCUCCUCCACGUCGCAGGUUAGCGAGGUAGACGACGCGGUCGUGCACGACCACGCCUACCUCGGCGACGACGUGGGCAUCGAGCGGCCCCAUUCUGCCUACUACGAGCCCGGCGCGGUCGUGGACCUGCCGCUCGUCGUGCUGCCCGAUAUCGUGAUUUUUCCGGGCGAGACCUUGCCCCUGCGCAUGCUCUCGUCGGCGACGAUCCAGCUCAUUACGCUGCGGACGCGGCUGCGGCAAGAGUUUGACACAUUCGCCGUCAUUAGCACCCUCCACGACCCCAUUGGGACGGUCGGGACGAUCAUCCAGAUCGAGCGCAUUUACGAGCAGAACGACGUGCACCUCUCGAUCGUCGGGCGCGGCUGCCAGCGCUUUGAGCUCUGCCGUAUCGCGCACGGCAGCGACGACUACGCGACGCUGGCAGCCUCGGUGCGCGUGCGGCCCGACUACCACGCCCUCCGAGUACCGUUUGCCCAGAAGCGCGCCGCCUUUGGCUACUGGCGUCCGUCCGAGUACAACCUCUUUGACGGGCAUGUGCUCGUGCGCAAGGCCAAGGCGAUGCUCGCAACGUCGGUCGAGUGGCGCGGCGUGAACGCGCUCGUCGUUGACGACGCCCACGCCGCGCCGGACGACCCGACGCAGUUUUCGUACUGGCUUGCUGCGCACGUGCACUUGAGUGUCGACGAACGACGAGCGCUAUUGCGGGUCGACUGCACCGUGCGCCGCCUCCACGACCUGCUAACGUGGCUCCACGACCACACAUCAAGUAGCAUUGCGUGCCGGACGUGUCGCACGCUUCUGGCCCAGUCGACCGACAUCUUCAGCACGCAACGGGCAGGCACAUUUGUGAAUCCGGGUGGCCACGUGCACCAGAUUCUGACCUUGUACAGCGUCCAGAGCGAGCAAAUCGUGUGCGUCGGGCGGCCAACGACGCGCGAUACGUGGUUUCGAGGCUACUCGUGGCAGUGCAUGUACUGCGGCACUUGCGACGAGUUUAUCGGGUGGCGCUACGCGUCCAAGCGCCAGACGCCGCACGUGUUUUACGGCCUCGUGCGCACUGCAAUUCGGUAG